ACGCUGAAUUUGACGAUUGAACAAUCUGAUGAACUUUCCGAAGAAAAGACUUGUAACAUGGCCGAAUCAUCGUUGCCCACGGAGCAAGACCGCAAGGACGACGUGCUGGAGCUGAACAGAGACUUAGAAAGAAUGAUUGAAAGCGCUGAAAAUAUGUCAGUGCAGUUGACCUGGAUGGCUUAUGACAUGGUGGCGCUGCGGACCAGUCCGGAGCUGGCGGCCUCUAUGCGCAAACUUGAAGAAGCGUAUCACAGAUGCAGAGCUGCUGUGUAUGGAGACUGUGACCAAGAGCCAGAGACGGACACACGUCCUGAGCCUGCUGCCACAACGCCUGCUCAGAUGUGAUGCUGUCAUCAGCUCACAAGUAGUGCACUGAGAGGAUUAAGUUGUUAAAGCAGUGUUAAAUUUAUUUGUAAUUGUAUUGUGUUCAAGUAAAUAUUGCAUGAUCCGUUGGGCUGUUUUUGCAGGUAUUUGACUCUUGGUCAGUCUCUGACUACAUUAAAACCUGAUGCUUCAUGCAGUAAUGCAGACUUCAGCAUUUUGAAGUCAGUUGAU